UUUGUUGCGAUACUGAUGAGGUUGGUCCUCCCAUAUCCCUGUCAGCUAUCUCCUUCUGAGUUCAAAAGGACACAAGUCCUGCCCCUGAGCUUGCUAACGAGAGCAGAGAGGAAGUCUUUAUCAGGUGGAAGUUUUGCUGGGAGUCGGCCACUGCAGCCUCGGUCAGCCUGGGAAACACUUUCCUCUGUUAGAAGCUCGUCUAAAGACCACCGCCAAGAUGCCCAAAAUGGUGAAUGUUCGCGUGACUACAAUGGAUGCAGAGCUGGAGUUUUCCAUUAACCAAAACACCAAAGGAAGGCAGCUGUUUGAGCAGGUUGCCAAGACGAUUGGCCUGCGUGAGCUUUGGUAUUUUGGACUUCAGUUUGUGGACAACAGAGGAAUUGUCACGUGGCUGAAUCCUGACAAGAAAGUGAUGCUUCAGGAAGUAAAAAAUGAGACUCCCCUGCUGUUCAAGCUCAGAGUCAAGUUUUAUCCCGAGGAUGUGGCAGAGGAGCUGAUCCAGGACAUCACCAGGAAGCUUUUCUUCCUGCAGGUGAAGGAGGACAUCCUGACGGAUGAGAUCUACUGUCCUCCGGAGACCGCCGUGCUUCUGGCUUCCUACGCCGUCCAGGCAAAGUACGGGGAGUACAUGAAGUCAGUGCACAAGCGGGGAUACCUCUCCUCUGACCGUCUGCUCCCUAAAAGAGUGCUGGAUCAACACAAGCUGUCAAAGGAACAGUGGGAAGAGAGAAUCCAGGUUUGGCACGAGGAGCACAGAUUCAUGGUGAAGGAAGAUGCAAUGAUGGAGUAUCUAAAGAUCGCUCAGGAUCUGGAAAUGUUCGGUGUUAAUUACUAUGAGAUAAGGAACAAGAAGGGCACAGAACUUUGGCUGGGAGUCGACGCACUAGGGAUCAACAUCUAUCCAAAGGAUGACAGGCUGACCCCCAAAAUUGGAUUCCCGUGGAGUGAAAUUAGAAACAUUUCUUUUUCUGAAAAGAAAUUUAUCAUCAAGCCAAACGAUAAGAAAUCUCCAGACGUUAUUCUCUACGUUGCACGUCCGCGUGUCGGAAAGAACAUCAUGCUUAUUUCUAAGAGCAACCAUGCCCUGUAUGUUCGCCGUCGGAAGCCCGACAACAUCGAGGUUCAACAGAUGAAGGCUCAGGCCAAACAGGACAGGCACCAGAAGAAGAUGGAGAGGGAACAGCUGGAGAGCGAAAAGAAGAUGAGAGAAAGUAUUGAGAAGGAGAAAGAGCAGAUGGAGAGAGAAAAGCAGGAGCUGAUGAUGAAGCUCUACGAGUUUGAAGAGACUACUAAGAGAGCAGAACGAGAGCUUCGGGAGCAGCUGGAGCGGGCCAUGAGGCUGGAGGAGGAGAGGAGGAGGGUGGAGCAGGAGGCGGCCCGGCUGGAAGCUGAGAGGAUGGAGGCCAUAAUUGCCAAGGAGGAGCUGGCCAGGCAAGCUGAGGAGCAGAUGAAGAGCCAGGAGCAGCUGGCUGCAGAGCUGCAGGAGUACAGCGCCAAGAUCGCUGAGCUGGAGCAGGCCAAGAGAGAAAAGGAGGAGGAAGCUGAGACAUGGCACGUCAAGGCUGCAGAAGUGGAGCAGAACCUAAUAAAGACCAAGGUAGAGCUACAACAUGUGAGAACCACCUCCAACUCUGUCCCGUCGGGUGGGUCGUCAUCCUCCUCUUCAGACAGCGAGAGUGACAAUGAGCACAGCGAAGUAAACAGCACCCACAGCGCUGAGCUGCAGACGCAGGGCAUCAAUGAUCACCGCAGGGAGGAGGAGCGGCUCACUGAAGCUGAGAAGAACGAGCGCUUGAAGAGGCAGCUGAGGGAAAUGAGCUUAGAUCUGGAGCAGGCCAGAGAUGAUACCAAGAGGACCAAGUAUGACGAGCUUCAUGUUGAGAACAUCCGUCUGGGACGUGACAAGUACAAAACCCUCAAACAAAUCCGCCUUGGCAACACCAAGCAGAGGGUCGAUGAGUUUGAGGCCUUGUAGAAAACCCUGGCAGGUGUAUCCCAUAAAAAAAAACAAAAAAAACAACAACAACAAAAUACAACAUCCAGGAAUGAUCUGCUUAGCUUAUUACAUACUACAGUGAUUGCAGCCAGUGGCAGUUCUUGCAUAAGUGGUGCCCCGGGCAGGACACUCCCUUCUCAACCCUACUCCUCCAAAUGACACACACACACACACACACACACACACACACACACACACACACACACACACACACACACACACACACACACACACACACACACACACACACACACACA